UCGACUGUUUUCUUAUAUUUUUUAUCGAUUAUUUUCAUAUUAUAUCUAUUGAUACAACUUAAUAAGUUUAGAUCAUAGAAAAAUAAUAAUUAAUAUCAAAAUUUGUAUCAAAAGUGACUUGUUAAUCUGGAUUUUAUGCUUGUAGUUUAUUAUUUAAAAAAAUCUAAACCGACUAUUUAAGUUAUUCGAGUCUUCAAUCUUCAUUUCACAUCACUAGAACAUACACAAUUAUCGAAAAAGAAAAAUACAUUUUAAAAUAUUUUUUUGGAGAAUUUAUCAUAAUAGUUAAAAAAUAUAGGAUACUAAAAUUCUAAUUUGUUUUUGAAUAGUCAAAAAAGCUUGGUACAAUGGCUGGAAGUGAUAAUAGUAAACCUAAUGGAGUUGAUAAUAAUGAAGCUAAUGAUGCCCCAAAUGGUGAAGCUAUAGAAAAUGAAAAUGAACAAAGCAUACAUGAAGAAUACGAUCAAUUAGACUCAAAGUUAGAUGAACUAAACCAAGCAUUAGAUUUUAUUGAACAAAAGAAUGACGAUAUUCAUCAAAGGCUAAGGGAAUUACUUCAGGCAAACAGAGACAUAAGGAAGGAAAUUCAAAAUGAAAACAUGAACAAAUAAAAUUUUUAUUGAAAUAAAACAAAAUGUAUCCAGUAGGUGUCAACCAAUAGUAAAUUUAAAAAGUUUUUCUGUUAAUUUUCUCUACAAAUGUUUACUAUUUGUUUAAAAAUGUAUGAAUCUAAUAUUCAUCAAUAACUUAGCAAUAUUAAAAUAUAAAUGAGUUAUAAUUAAAAUAAAAU